UAGAAAUAGCGUAGUGAGAGAAACAGAGUAAUGGAGGGAAGAAAGAAGGAAUGUGUUGAGCAGUUAAUUUUUUAAUUAAAAAAAUUUAAAAGAAGCUUAAUGAAGAAGAAGAAGUGUUCUCUAUACGGUAACAGAAUCUUCUCAUAAAUCCAAAUUAUAAUCAAUUUUUUUAGUUAAAUCGUUAAUGAUCGAUGUCGAAGAUGAAGCAUCUACUGAGAAAAUUGCAUAUCGGCGGUGGAAUCAAUGACCACCACCGUUUGCAAUCGGAGGGGACGGCGACUACCUCCACGGCGGCGACAUCUACGCAGCCGGCUGUUAACCCUAGCGCGACAGUGUCUAGCUCAGCUGCGGCAGUUGAUUUAUCAUCCGCGGUGGUAGAUGGGGUGGAGAGUAGAGGGAGUAAUAAUAGCACCGGCGGUGGUGUGGAUUUUAGUUUAUUAGAAGAGGAAUUUCAGGUACAGUUAGCUAUGGCUAUGAGCGUAUCGGAUCCGGAUACGCGUACGGAUCCUGAGUCGGCUCAGAUCGACGCUGCUAAACUGAUUAGCCUUGGUUGCUGUCCUGUGGCUAGUCCGGCUUCGGCUCCGGCUUCCCUUUCUGUUGCUGAUUCUGUUAAUGAUGACUCUCUUUCGCUUCGUUAUUGGAGCUAUAAUGUUGUAAAUUUUAAUGAAAAGGUAAUGGAUGGCUUUUAUGAUGUGUAUUGCAUUGCCUCAAAUUCCAUUAUUCAAGGCAAGAUGCCAUUAUUAAUGGAUCUGCAAGCUCUAUCCAUUUUAGAUAACGUGGAUUAUGAAGUGGUUUCGGUAAAUCGCUUUGUUGAUCCUGAAUUGAGAGAGCUGGAGAGAAAAGCUUUUGUCAUGUCCUUGGAGAAUGGCUUGCUGUUGAGUAACUUGAUUCAGAAACUUGCUGAGCUUGUUGUUGACAGAAUGGGAGGUCCAGUCGGUGAUGCUGAUGAGAUUUCAUUAAGAUGGGCCGGGAGAAGUUUCGAGUUACGGAAUGCUCUGAACUCCAUUGUUAUUCCCCUUGGACAUAUUGAUGUAGGACUUUCUCGCCACCGGGCUUUGCUUUUUAAGGUAUUAGCAGAUAGGAUUAAUCUUCCUUGCAUGCUGGUUAAGGGGAGCUACUACACUGGCACCGACGAUGGAGCUGUAAAUCUGAUUAAGAUUAGCAAUGGAAGUGAGUACAUAAUUGAUCUCAUGGGUGCUCCUGGAACAUUGAUUCCUGCCGAGGUGCCCAGUAGUCAUCUCAUGAACACUGGUUUUGAGGUAAGGGGCUUUGCUGAUUUUACCGAAACUGCCCAAUGCCCACCUUUGUUAGUGGGUCAAGGACCUAGAGAUCUAGCAGUUUCAUCUGAUAUGGAGAAAGUUGGCCAGGCUGGCCCUGCAAGGACAAAGGAGACAUUGUUUGUAGGUGUUAAACCCAUUGAAGCUCAUGCAAGCCAGGUUGAGAAAAACCAAAUUGAGACAUUUGAACAGGAGUUCGCGAAACUUUUUCCAUCAUCUCAUAAAUUAAAUCAAAAUCCAUCAGACGCUGGAAGCUCAACGUCAGCAGAAAACAUUAAAGUCAAUAACGUCUCUAAGUAUGUUAUCUCUGCUGCAAAAGAUCCUGAAUUUGCACAGAAAUUACAUGCUGUCUUGUUGGAAAGUGGUGCAUCUCCUCCUCCAGAUUUGUUUGCAGAUAUGAAACAGCAGGAUAUGGGUGAACAUAAGGUAUUUGAACCAGUUUAUUUGGAAAAUGGGGUAUAUCCAGAUGAUAGAUAUAAGUGUCAUUCUGGUAAGAAAUUAUCAAGGGAUAGUCAGUCUCUUAUACGCUUAACUAAGGAUAAUUCACCGAACAGUGUCAAGUGUGAUACUGAGCAAGGAUGGAUUCCUGAAAGGAAGGAAAAACAACAAAGAGAAAUGGUGGCGAAUUUCCUCAAUUCUCAGGCGUCUUUGCCCUUUGAUGCUACAAGUAAUAGAACCAAAGAAAAAUGGCAGAUAGGCGGUGUGGGUACAGAUACUGUUUUUAAUAACCCGCCAGCAAUUCUUGGAAGAAAAGUUCAUGGGAAUCCAGUCCUUGAACCUUCUUUGUCUUUAGCAUUAGAUUCUUGUCGGUUACAAUCUAAAGAUAUCAUAGCCUGUGAUUAUAGCCGGUGCUUUCCAGAAAAGUUUGGGAGGGCCUUAAAUAUCGACGCAGGCAAAGAAUCUACAGCGAGGUUGACUGAAACGGCCAACAGUAGUCUGCAUAUUUCUUGCAAUGGUUACAAUGAUCAAAUUCAACCAAUGCUGGGUGAGGUUGCGGAAUGGGAAAUUCCAUGGGAGGAUUUGCAGAUUGGUGAACGUAUCGGUAUAGGUUCCUACGGUGAGGUGUACCAUGGAGAUUGGCAUGGCACUGAAGUUGCUGUAAAGAAAUUCUUGGAUCAAGAUUUAUCUGGAGAUGCAUUGGUUCAGUUCAAAUGUGAAGCUGAGAUUAUGUUACGAUUGAGACAUCCUAAUGUUGUUCUUUUCAUGGGAGCAGUUACUCGCCCGCCGCACCUGUCAAUACUAACAGAGUUCCUGCCCAGGGGGAGUUUAUAUAGGCUACUACAUCGUCCCAAUCAUCUACUUGAUGAAAAGAGGCGAAUGAGAAUGGCUCUUGAUGUGGCCAAGGGAAUGAACUACUUGCAUACGAGCCAUCCUCCCAUUGUGCAUCGAGAUUUGAAAACUCCAAACCUCCUCGUUGACAAGAAUUGGGUUGUUAAGGUCUGUGAUUUUGGAUUGUCACGCUUGAAGCACCAUACUUUUCUGUCUUCAAAGUCUACUGCUGGAACACCCGAGUGGAUGGCACCCGAAGUCCUAAGGAAUGAACCCGCAAAUGAGAAAUGUGAUGUCUACAGUUUUGGUGUGAUCUUAUGGGAGGUGACCACCUGUCAGAUUCCUUGGAAAGGGUUGAAUCCGAUGCAAGUUGUGGGAGCCGUUGGAUUCCAGAACAAACGACUGGAGAUUCCUCAAGAUGUAGAUCCAAUAGUUACGCAGAUAAUACAUGAUUGUUGGCAAAGGGAGCCACACUUGCGGCCCUCUUUUUCACAGCUUAUACCUCGUCUGCGUCAUAUUCAAAAUUUACGUGUUGAAAGAUGAUGGCAUUGAAGUGGUGAGCUCGGUGGUACUAUAGUUGAAGUUGUUCUCGAGCUCGAAGAGCUGGAGCAAUUAUAAGUCUUUUUGAACAGGUCCGGGAAGUGUUGGUUCAAUCAAAGUGGGGACUCAGCGCAAGCCCGUUGGUUCAACUGCAUAAGCGCAGUGAAGAAUGUCAUUGGAAAGUUGCUUUCAGUAGCUUAUAUAAAUAAUUAGUAUCAUUAACCUUACUUGUAAGAAAAAUUCUUUUAAAAAAGAAAAGAAAAUGAAAGUGAAGUGAAGAAACAAACCAGAAAAAAAAAGAAUAAUUAUUCAUUUUAAUUUUUCUUCUUAUGGGGAAGGUCUUUGUUUGGGUAGGCAAUCCCAACUAAACUGUAUACAUGUGAUCUCUCCCACAAGUGAUUGUUGUGAAUCAAAAAAAGCCAAAGAAAAAAAAAAGAAUCACCGAAGUGUUUAUAUUUA